GUUCUCAUGUUUUUCCGAAGCUGUUGAUGUACCCUACUCUGAAACAAACUGUACUGUUUUCUUUUUUUUCUUUCGAUGAUGCUGCGUCCUUACGAUAAACACCUCCUCGCUAAACAAGCACUUGUUGCAGUCAUCAAAGACUCUCCAUUUGACACUCUCUCUUCUUCUUCUUCUUCCAAUCUCACAUGGACUCCCGACGCCGUCAUCCAACUCCUCCGCUCUAUCUCCCGUUUCUCAUUCCAAUCCCACCGUUCCUUCGGCCGCCAAAACAACCUCUUCCGUCACCGCUCCUUACCCCUUUCAAAUCUCAAACCCCAUUCUAAUCCUUACCUAACCAACCUCGGUCUCCGUAAAGCCCAGGAAUUCCUCCAUUGGAUCCAUUCCCACUUCAAUUUCCUCCACACCCAAUCCACUUCCUUAGAAAUGGCCAUUCUCAUUACCAAAUCCAACAACACCAAAACCCUCUGGACUUUCCUCAAACAAAUAUCUUCAUCAUCAAUAAACAAUGCUAGUAACGAGCUUGUUACAACCGCGACCAUUACCUGUUUGAUAAAACUCCUAGGAGAACAAGGCUUAGCAAAAGAAGCCUUACUUACCUUUUACCGAAUGAGACAAUUCGGUUGCAAACCCGACGUACAAGCCUAUAACGCUUUGAUUAAUGCAAUGUGUAGUGUUGGGGAUUUCACCAAAGCAAGACACUUGCUUCAACAGAUGGAGCUUCCCGGGUUUCAUUCCCCUCCUGAUGUUUUCACUUACACUAUUAUGAUAAGCUCUUAUUGUAGGUAUGGUGUGAAGAUUAGCGGUUGUAGGAAGGCGGUGCGGAGGAGAUUAUACGAAGCGAACCGUCUCUUUCGUAUUAUGGAUUUUAAAGGUAUUGUUCCUGAUGUUGUUGCUUAUAAUGCGCUGAUUGAUGGUUGUUGUAAGACGUACCGUGUUGGUAGGGCUUUGGAGUUGUUUGAGGAUAUGAAGAAAAGAGGCUGUGUUCCUAACCGUGUUACUUAUGAUUCUUUUAUAAGAUAUUUUAGUGCUGUGAAUGAGAUUGAUAAAGCUGUUGAGUUUUUAAGGGAUAUGCAGAGGUUGAGUCAUGAUGGUGGGAAUGGGAUAACGGGUAGUUGUAGUUCUUAUACGCCGAUUAUUCACGCGCUUUGUGAGGCUGGGAGGGUUGUUGAUGCUUGGAGUUUUCUUGUUGAAUUGGUUGAUAGAGGAUCAGUGCCUCGAGAGUUUACGUAUAAAUUGGUUUGUGAUGCGCUUCGUUUGGAAGGAGAGGAUGCUUUGCUGAGUGGUGAAGUGCACCAGAGAAUAAAAGAUGGCGUAUUGGAGAGGUAUAGGCGGACCAUGAAAGUUAAACCAGUUAUGACUCGCAAAGGGUAUCCUGAGUUGGAAUUGUUUUCUUAAGAGGAAUUCAUUGUUUGGGUGAAGUAAUGGUAUGGAUUUGAUUAGGAUAUUAUCCAUGACAUGCAUUAUAAAGAACAAUCACUUACAAUUCUUUCUUAGAUGCUUUGUGCUAAAACAGUCAUGUUGACAAGGCAAUCACAUUAUUGACAAAAAUUAAAGAGCAGAGUAGUCAGCUAAACUUGUACACAUUCAAAAUACUUAUAGACAGACGGUGUAAAGGUGGAAGACGGAAGGACACACAUGAUGUUUUUAUGGAUCUUUUGAUCAAAGGUAUACUGUCAUGUAUGACCAAUGGGUUCUAUGAAGAAGUUAUCAAACAUUGUUAUUUUGAAUUUUGAAUUUCGAUAACUACAUUCCAAUCUUUAUUUCCAUUUA